CCUUGGAACAUCAGAUCCGAUCGGUCAUAUCAAAUUUUAGUCAUUUGUACAACAACUAGCGUCUCGAUGCACGUCCAUUCUGUACCAUGGCAAAUAUCGACCAUACCGUCAACACGAGGCUCACUGCAUAAAUACCCGGAGCGCCCGAUUCUCGGAACUUCAUCUUCAACAUAACCACACCCACGUCUCAUCGUUACAUCUUUAUCAUCUUGGGAUACUAUGCUACAAGCAUUCAAGAUCAAAGAGUUCAAUUUGGAACCCAUCUACGAGUCUUGGGAGAACCCUCCCAAGUUUUACGGCGAGGCGAAGAAUGACAUGCCCGUCGACGACUUCCUGCAUCAGAUCAAAGUUGGCUGCGUCGAUCGGAAGGUGCCAGAGGAGUACUGGCACAAAGUCGCACAACAUUAUAUGGGAGAAAAUGCGAAAGCCAGACUCCAGGAGCUCAAGAGCGUUAUGGCGAAAGUAAAUGGGGGCAAAUAUCGCUGGAGCUGGAAGAAGUUCACGAUUGCAAUGCGCAACAUGGGGUGGGAGAUCGAUGUCAACGUUACAGAACCUGUUCAUGUCCACGUUCAGCCAAAAUCGUCAGCCAUGAUGUGGCUUACUAGAAGAAAAUCCAUAAAAGACAAAGAUGGGUCGCGCAAAGAAGUGACUUCUUCCAUGGUGGAAAUUCCGCCGCCCCUGCCGCCCAAGCAAGGUCGGCCAAACACGGUAAAGAUGCUUUCUGAGUCAGCGCUCGUCGCUGCUUCAGCUGUGGUCAAGCCUCGCAGGGCACCAAGCCGCGCGAACACCAUGGCUUCUACCUUGACCACCUCCACGGUUUCAUCGAACUAUUCAGUUUCAUCUAACCAUUCGGGUACAUCAAACCAUACGGUGACCUCCAACAAUGCGUUAACUAGCCAUGCGUUAACUUCCAACAAUGCGGUAAUAUCUCCUCCAUCCCCUGACGGCACUGUCACAGCUAUAUCGAAUGCACCAACAUGGCUCCUCAACGCGUGUAACGCCCUCAAUUUCCUGAGUGCGGAGCACCCACGAGCUAUGACGACAUUGAGUGCCGUCCUCAUUACAGCAGGGACCCUCCCUGCAAUCCCUGCGAUCAGCGGAGGGACUGUCCUCGCUUCUGGUGUCGCUCAAGCAGUUGGCGCCAUAGCUGUAGGCGUCGGAAACCUGCUCAAGGCUCAGCAGGAAGGUCAAAUACAACCAACUGGCCCCGGCCCGCACCCACCACCCCCAACACGAUCAUCUACCUUCUGAUGUUUAGUAGGUGGCGAGGAAGGACAUUUUACUUAUGGGUUCGGGAGCAUUCCGUCUCGCUGGACGAGCUCGCGGACAAAAAUCGCAAUAUUAUGUAUACCCUCGCAUCAUCACUUUACAUACAAUGCAGUCUACUGAUAUCAGACUUCGCGAAGCCGAUACAUAGUUAUAUCUGUGGGCUUUACGUCCCGAGGUAUUACAGGGCGAUGUUAUACCUAGAUCAAGGGGAAGUAAUUAAUAUUGCUUGCGGAGUACUACCCUGAAUGUCACCGAAUUUUGGUGCCAACUAAAUUGCUCUUCCACGAUAUUAAUAGUGAACUGUAGCACGCUACGUCAUUGUCAAGCAUCGAGUUCCAUCAAAGUAGACAUCCUGAAUGUCCAAUUCUCUCGAGUGCAA